UGGGCUUCCGUCCCCCACGCAUCCGCAGGAGUUCCUCUUUAUGGCGGAAGCGGGCGCGAUGGAGAACCUGGCGGAUGCUGUAGCGGCGAGGUGCCUGGAGCAUUACGAGGAGCGGCUUCCCAGGCGAGGGAAGCCCCAGGCCGGGUGUGAGUGGACGCUACUGGCCGCCGUCCUGAAGGCCGGGGAGAAGGAGGAGGAGCUGGAGGUGGUGGCGGCGGGCAGCGGGACCAAGUGCCUCGGCAGCCAGGAGAUGCGCCGGGAGGGUGAUGUCCUCAACGACAGCCACGCAGAAGUGGUAGCGAAGCGAAGCUUCCAGAGGUACCUGCUGGACCAGCUCUGGAGGGCAGUGGUGGGCCGGGACCCCCACAGCAUCUUCGUUUCAGAAGAGGAGGGCAAAUGGGCCUUGAGACCCGGGAUCCGCUUCAUCUUUUUCUGCAGCCAGACGCCUUGUGGAGACGCUUCCAUCAUCCCUGUUCUGGAGGAAGCAGCCAUGCCCUUCCAGCCAUUGAAGGCCCCAGAGCCCCCUGCCCAAAGCAAUGGCUCUGAGGUGGAGCCCGGAGGAGAGUCAGAGGCUGCUCCCCCUCCCAAGAGGUCCAGAUUGGAGGACAGAAGCUCUGACCGAGAGGCCCAGGUGGUGGACGUGCACCGGACAGGGGCCAAGUGUGUCCCGGAGGGGCCCUCUGACCCUCUGCUCCCUGGCAGCGCUUACCACAUGACAGGGCUGCUGAGGACGAAGCCUGGGCGCGGGCCCCGCACGGCCUCCAUGUCCUGCAGUGACAAGAUGGCACGCUGGAACGUCCUGGGUCUUCAGGGAGCCCUCUUGAUGCACUUCCUCCAGCGGCCCGUCUAUCUGUCAGCUGUGGUGCUGGCCCGCUGCCCCUACAGCUCAGAGGCCAUGAGGAGGGCCAUCUUUGACCGGUGCCAAUCUGUUCGGCAUUUGCCUGAUGGCUUUGAGGUCCAAGAGCCUGAAGUGGAGCAGUCUCAGUUGUGCUUCAUCCACAGCCGCGAAGCAGUGCAAGCCAAAAGCCCUCUGGGGAAGGUGGUCCCAUGCGGAGCAGCCAUCAGUUGGAGCGCUGUCUCUGAGCACCCGCUGGACGUCACAGCCCGUGGCUUCACACAAGGGACCACUAAGAAAGGGAUCGGUGCCCCCAAGUCCAGGUCUCGCAUCUGCAAAGUGGAGCUGUUCCAUGAGUUCCUGAGGCUGGUCUUCAGUGUCCCAGAGGAGCGCCUUCCACAGUCCCUCCGGGCCAAGGGGCUGCAGACCUACUGGGAUUACAAGGAAGCUGCAGUCAGUUACCAAGAGGCCUGGAAGGAGCUGCGGGACCAGGCCUUUGGCACCUGGGUGAGGAACAGCCGGGAUUACCUGCAGUUCACCUGAGAGCCCAUCCAGCUUGAUCAAAGGCAUCCGAUUUUUUCAAGGCAAGAUGGACAACUUUGGGGACUGGAGGGGGCUGUGACUCAGCGGGGAGAGGCCUGGCACUGGAACAGCGUUGCAUCUGCAAACAUCUCGUUUGCCCCCCCACGCCUGGAAGAGAGAGCUGGCCCAAACCAGGAAAGUGGAAAGUGGAACAGAGGUGGUUUUGGUUCUCCUGCGUAUGGGGUGGUGCCUCUGCCUCUCCUGUCGUGUUGAGUCCCAGUGUGAGGAGAGUACAGCCCUGCCACGUUCAGGGGAGCAUCCGGGCCAAGGUGGCUGCUAGUGAGCCCUCACUAUGCAAUGCUAGCUUCAGGGGAAAAACUGAUCCUAUUUGCCUCAGUUUACGGGCUCAGUUGCAUUUGUAAUUCUGUUAAUGGAUUAAAGUCUCAGUGUUUGAAGACC